AACAGUAUGCCUAAACAAGUGGAGGUCAGGAUGCACGAGAGUCAUCUAGAGCCAAUAGAAGCACGGCCUCAGUCCAAAUGUGCCAGGCUCUGCUCCAAGAUGUUCAAGAACCUUCUGCUCACACUCACCGUUCUUGGUGUGAUUUUAGGAGCAGUGUCAGGGAUGUUGCUUCGUGUUGCCUCCCCAAUUCACCCAGACAUAGUCAUGGUCAUUGCCUUUCCUGGCGAUAUCCUCAUGAGGAUGCUGAAGAUGUUGAUCUUGCCUCUCAUCAUCUCCAGUUUAAUCACGGGACUGGCUGGUUUGGAUGCCAAAUCUAGUGGUCGUUUGGGUACCAGAGCAAUGGUCUAUUACAUGUCCACAACUGUCAUUGCUGCCAUCUUGGGAGUUAUUCUAGUAUUGGUCAUCCACCCUGGAAACCCCAAACUGAAAGAGAAUCUUGGAGAGGGAGAGAAGAAUGAUGAUGUGUCCAGCCUGGAUGCCUUCUUUGAUUUGAUCAGGAACCUGUUCCCUGAGAACCUGGUGCAGGCUUGUUUCCAACAGAUCCAGACAGUGACUAAGAAGGUCGAAGUGGUUAUCGAAGAGGAUGUCAAUGCCACCACUAUGGAGGGCCUAUUGGCGAAUAUUACCAAGGAGCCUCAGUUUGUCACUAAAAAGUCCCUGCAGUUCAAGAGUGGAAUGAAUGUCCUGGGUCUGAUUGGUUUCUUCAUUGCAUUUGGCAUCUGCAUGGGCAAGAUGGGUGAGAGGGCCAGACUGAUGAUUGAAUUUUUCAACAUUCUCAAUGAGAUUGUGAUGAAACUUGUUAUCAUGAUCAUGUGGUAUUCCCCCUUUGGUAUUGCCUGCCUAAUCUGUGGUAAGAUCAUCUCCAUCAAAGAUUUGGAGGUGGUUGGUAGGCAGUUGGGAAUGUAUAUGGUCACUGUCAUUGUUGGCCUCAUCAUUCAUGGAGCAAUCUUCCUGCCUAGUAUUUAUUUUGUAAUCGUCAGGAAAAACCCCUUUAAAUUCUUCUUGGGCAUCUUCCAGGCAUGGAUCACUGCCCUGGGCACUGCAUCAAGUGCCGGCACUCUGCCAGUUACUUUCCGCUGCCUGGAGGAGAACUUGGGAAUUGACAAAAGAGUUACUCGUUUCGUGCUCCCAGUUGGUGCCACCAUCAACAUGGAUGGAACUGCUCUGUAUGAGGCUGUAGCUGCGAUCUUUAUUGCACAGAUGAACGGUGUUCACUUGGACCCUGGUCAGAUCGUAACUGUGAGUCUCACAGCCACUCUGGCCAGUGUGGGGGCCGCCAGUAUUCCCAGUGCUGGACUAGUGACCAUGCUCUUGAUCCUGACUGCAGUGGGGCUGCCAACCCAGGACAUCAGUCUGCUUGUUGCUGUUGACUGGCUUCUUGAUCGGUUCAGGACCUCUGUGAAUGUGGUUGGGGACUCCUACGGUGCAGGCAUCGUGUACCACAUGUCCAAGGCAGAGCUUGAAGAGCUGGAUGCGCACAUGGCUAAAUCAGACGACAUCGAAAUGACAAAGACCCAGUCGUAUUAUGACGACAUGAAGAACCACCAUGAAAACAAUUCCAACCAGUGCGUCUUAACGCCUACCUCAAAUGCUAACAAUUCUGUCGUAGUAGAUGAGUGCAAGGUAACCUCAGCCACAAACGGUUCUGCUGCGGAGUGCACGCUUGUUGAGGAGGAACCAUGGAAACCUGAAUAA